AUGGUGAUUCGAUUCUGGGUAGCCAAAAAACAGACCUUAACUAUCCAGACCAGGAAGAUCAUGACCAACUGACUACUUCAGCAGAAAUAAAUGGUCUUCAAUGUCCUUCACUGUGGGAAGGCAACAGUACCCAAGACAGAAAUUCAGGAAAAACUAGCCAAAAUGUACAAGAUCACACCAGAUGUCAUCUUUGUAUUUAGAUUCAGAACCCAUUUUGGUGGUGGCAAGACAACUGGCUUUGGCAUGAUUUACAAUUCCUUGGAUUAUGCAAAGAAAAAUGAGCCCAAACACAGGCUUGCAAGACAUGGCCUGUAUGAAAAGAAAAAGACCUCAAGAAAACAGCAAAAAGAACACAAGAACAGAAUAAAGAAAGUCAGGGGGGCUGCAAAGACCAUUGUUGGUGUUGACAAAAAGUAGGAGAAAAGAUUCUGCAGUGACUGUAUCUGUGGUGAUUGUGCAGAUAUUUCAUGAGAGAAUUAAUAAACUAAGACCUUUUAAAAAAAAACACAUCAUAUACCAUG